UCUUAUCUAAGCCCCUGUGACUAAGCCACCGCGAUAUAUGUGAUCGAGAAUUUUACCAGACCAUCGAUCAUAAAUCCUACGCCUAUCUAUCUAACGAUGGAGUUUAUCCCGGGACCUGCAGUAACCCGCGUUCUCUGUGCCGAUUGUGGAACACCGAUCGUACCCAAUUCUGCUAACCUGUGCGUGGCCUGUCUGAGGAAUACCGUCGAUAUCACAGAGGGCAUCCCGAAACAGUCGUCCGUAUCGUUUUGUAGAAAUUGCGAACGAUUUUUGUCUCCGCCUCAAGCAUGGAUAUUGGCGCGACCGGAAUCUCAGGAAUUACUCGCCCUAUGUCUCAAGAGACUCAAGGGACUUAACAAAGUGCGACUGACGGAAGCACAUUUUAUAUGGACAGAACCCCACUCGAGGAGAUUGCGAGUAUCAUUAACGAUUCAAAAGGAGGUAUUAACCUCUACAAUCCUCGAACAAGUCUUCGAAAUCGAAUACCUAGUACACAACACCCAAUGUUCCGACUGCGCCCGACUCGCAGCGAAAAAUACAUGGAAAGCGCUUGUCCAAGUUCGACAAAAGGUCUCUCACAAACGGACGUUCCUGUUUCUGGAACAGUUGAUACUCAAGCACGGCGCUCAAAAGGAUACGAUAUCCGUCAAGGAAGUCAGGGAUGGGCUGGAUUUCUUUUACAGUCAGCGCAGUCACGCCAUCAAGAUGGUGGAGUUUUUGAACGGGGUCGUCCCGGUGCGGUCCAAAAACUCGGAACAGCUCCUUUCCACGGAUACACACUCGAACACUGCGAAUUACAAGUUCACAUAUUCAGUCGAGAUCGCCCCAAUCUGUAAGGACGACCUCGUCUGCAUCCCAUUCAAACAAGCACGCACCCUCUCCAACAUCUCCCCGCUAACGAUAUGUACACGCGUCGGCGCGUCUUUCCAACUCCUGGAUGUCAGUACAUUACAAUCCGUCGAAAUUAGCAGCCAGAUCUUCUGGCGCUCGCCGUUCUCCGCGUUGGCUGGUGUAACUGACUUGGUGGAAUUCACGGUACUGGACGUUGAACCCGUCGGAACGUCUCGCGGCCGAUGGGUCCUCGCCGACGCACAAGUCGCACUCGCUGGCGCGUUCAGGUCCCAUACGGGGACCCACACGAAUAGCGAGAUGGAGAUGGACUACGAAACAGCCGCGGAAUCGACGCAGAUUUUCCAUACGCGCACCCAUUUAGGCGCGAUCUUGCAGCCUGGGGAUACGGCAAUGGGGUAUCACCUGUCGUCGUCGAACUUCAAUUCAGACGAUUUUGCCAAAUUACCUGCAGAUCGGAUUCCAGACAUCAUACUGGUCAAGAAAGCGUAUCCAAAUCGACGGAAGAAGGGCAAGGCUAGGAAUUGGAAGUUGCGCAGUAUUGCCAAAGAGGAGGGCGAGGAAGGUGAGACAGGCGGUGGGCGUGGUGUGGUUGGUAGAACGGGUGGUCGCGAUCAGAAGAAGGUUGACGAGGAUUACGAGCUAUUCUUGAGAGAUCUGGAAGAAGACCCGGAGUUGAGAGGAGCGGUGAAUCUGUACAAGGCGGAGGAUGUCAAGGUGAAGGAGGGUCGUGAUGUGGGCCAGAGACGGCGCAAAGGCCAGUAUGGCAUGGACGUAGAUGAAGUAGCACCCGAUGCGGAAGAAACGACGGCGAACGGUGAGGAAGAGGAGGAAGAACCUGAUUUCCCCGAAGUGGGGCUGGACGAGCUGUUGGAGGACUUUGACGAGAUGACUUUACAAGACGCUGCGUAGGUGUGGCCAGACACAGACAUUUCAGGCCUCGAUAGCUUCGGCACUUGUAUUCGUUGGAUCGGAUUAGCAGUGUCUACUGGCCAUAGCGUGGAGUCCUGUA